AUGGGUGAUGCCGCCCUCUGCCUUCCGUCGCACUUCCUUGCCGGCCACGGCCAUGACAUCAAAAACAACUGCAAGAGCGUCGAUUUCGACGCCACCUUCGCCUUUCCUUCGGAGUUCCCCUACGAGUUCGGAAUGUCUUCUCCGGCGGUCGAGUCGUCGGCGGGGUCCACGGAGGCCGAAAGCAGCGACGGCGAGGAGGACUUCUUCGCCGGCUUGACUCGCCGACUCAGUCUGUCCUCGCUCAACGAAACUCGGAAACAGCUUUCUGCCAUGCCUAUUAAACCAGACCACGCAACAUUCUCGGAGAUUCCAAGGAAGACUCAGGGUUUAGUCGGGUCGCCGCAGUCCACGUUGUCCGGAAUCGGGAGCUGGUCCGGUGGGAGCGCCGGUUCCGGAGAUGGAAGCCCGAACGGGUACUCGCGUGUUCCCUCGCCCUCAACGACGCAGUUUGACGAAAACAACGACCCCUGGGAAGUCAUAUACGCAGCCGCAGGACAAGUCGCAAGAUGGAAGAUGAAUAACAGCCAUGUUUCACAGUUUGAUGUCCAGAACAGCAGGGGUUUACUUACUCAUUCUCGUCCAAACCAGAGUUUUAGUCAGGUUAACCAGUUUGUGAGACCGAAGCAGCAGUGUGGUUCUGUUUGGGGAAGGCCAACCAGGCCUAACUGGUCUGGUCAGCAGCAACAGGUUCAGGUUCAAAACAGAGCGCGUGAGUUUGGCCACGAGAGUGUGAAUGUAAAAUGCACUCGUCCUUUGUGUUUGCCCCAAUCUGCAUGGCCCUCUCCGCAAGUUCAGCAGCAAAAUAGUCGCGUGCAGUUUGCUGGAUCCGGGUCUCGGGCUGCUGUACCCGGUGCAGGUGGAUCUUCUGUGAAAAGGGUGUGUGGUGGAACUGGAGUUUUCUUGCCACGCCAUUAUGAAACCCCUUCCGAAUCUCGUAAGAAAACUGGUUGUGCUCCUCCUGUUUUGUUACCAGCAAAGGUGGUUCAUGCAUUGAACUUGAAUAUUGAUGACCUAAAUGGUGCUAGCCAACAACGCUUCUCGAACGCUUUUGCUUCGGAUUAUGACGCGAUUAUAGCGAGGAGAAAGGCGCUUCUGAUGCAGCAGAGAUUAAGUUUUCGCCGAGAAGAGGCAACUAACUACGAAAUACGCCUACCACAGGAUAGUCGUAAUAAUGAUAAUAAGAUAAAAGCGGGUCGUUUUCUUUUGCGUUAUUAUGGUUAUGGUGAUGAUGAUACUGAUGGGGCUAAAGCGCAAGUGAAGGAAAGAAUAGGGCGGGAGGAUUUGGGGGAAAGGAUAGAUUGUGAUUGCAUUGAAUUGAAUUUGAUUGAAGGGAGGGGGAGUGGUGGGGAUAUGAUUGCGGUGAUGGAUUUAUACGUACGUUAUUUGGUUGGAUUUUGA